GACUAUGCAAAGACCAAUUCAUCUCAAUUUUGAAGAAGACAAACCAUCACUCACCCAAAAAAAAAAAAAACACUUCUACAACUAAAAGCCAUUUUUUGUUAAAAAAAAAAGAAAAGAAAAAUUAAAACCCUAAAACAAGAAAACUCAUCGAUUUCACGAAAUCAAAACCCUUCUUGCAUCAUAAACCAACCUAAAUCGGAGUCAGUUCAAUUCAACUCAAAAUCUCGCCGGAAAACGGAGCGGACUUCAUCGUCGUCCGCCACAAACAGAAUUGUUUGUGAAAUUUUGUUUAGAUGGCAAAUAAUCCUCAACAACCUCCUUCUGGUAUUCAGUUUCGGCCAGUGAUUCAUCCACAGCAAGGGCAACCAUUUGUUCCAAUGACUUCACAACAAUUUGGACAUACAGGGCAUGCUGUUCCUUCGUCUAACGUCGGGAUGCCUGUCAUUCAGGGUCAGCAAUUGCAGUAUUCUCAACAAAUGCAACAGUUGACUCCAAGACAAAUUCAGCCCGGUCAUCCUGUGUCUUCAUCACAGGGUAUACCUAUGCCAUAUAUUCAAACAAACAGGCCACUGACAUCUGUUCCACAACAUGCACAGCAAGCUGUUCCCCACAUAAGCAAUCAUAUGCCUGGUUUGUCAGGAGCACCUCCUCAAUCUUCAUAUACAUUCGCACCAUCGUAUGGUCAGCAGCAAGACAAUGCUAAUGCAUUGCCCCAAUUCCAGCAUCCGCCUCAAAUGCUUGCACCUCCUGCUGGACAACCUUGGUCGUCCUCAGUACCUCAGAGUGCUGCAACUGUUACGCCAGUACAGCCGGCUGGAGUUCAAUCAUCUGGUACUGCAUCAAAUGAUGCUGCAACUAAUACCACUAACCAGAACUCUGCAUCUGAUUGGCAAGAGCAUGUUGCUGGUGAUGGGAGAAGAUAUUACUACAACAAGAAUACAAGGCAAUCUAGCUGGGAAAAACCUUUGGAGUUGAUGUCACCUCUUGAGAGGGCCGACGCGUCAACUGUCUGGAAAGAGUUCACUUCUUCAGACGGAAGAAAGUAUUAUUACAACAAGGUUACUCAGCAAUCAACAUGGACAAUACCAGAAGAACUCAAGCUGGCUCGUGAGCAGGCACAUAAAACUAUUAGCCAGGGGAUGGUGUCAGAAACAAGUGACACAUCCAAUGCUACGGCCUCCUCUGCAGCAGCAUCAACACCAGCUAAUGCAGCUAGUUCCAACACUUUGACAUCUAACGGUUUUGCUUCAAGCCCAACUUCUAUUACACCAAUUGUAGCUACUGAUCAGCAACGGAUGGUUUCUGGAUUAUCGGGGACCUCUGUUUCCCAUUCUGUAGUCACUUCAAGUACCACAGGAGUUGAACCAAGCACUGCUGUAAUUGUGAGCACUGCACCUACAACAGUUGCAGGAAGCUCAGGAGUAGCAGCCAGCUCACUUGAUUCAAAAAUUCCAUCCAUUGUUGAAAAUCAAGCAACUCAUGAUUCUACUUCCUCUGUAAAUGGAGCACCUCUUCAAGAUAUGGAGGAAGCCAAAAGAGGACUUCCUGUGGUUGGACCAACUAAUGUGACUCCUUCAGCGGAGAAGACCAAUGAUGGUGAAACUUUUGUAUAUGCAAAUAAGCAGGAAGCAAAAAAUGCAUUUAAAGCGCUUCUGGAAUCUGUGAAUGUUCAUUCUGAUUGGUCGUGGGAACAGGCAAUGAGAGAAAUCAUCAAUGAUAAAAGAUAUAAUGCCCUGAAAACACUUGGUGAGCGAAAACAAGCUUUCAAUGAGUAUUUGGGCCAAAGGAAGAAGAUAGAGGCUGAAGAGAAGCGCAUAAAACAGAAAAAAGCCCGCGAAGAAUUCACAAAGAUGUUAGAAGAAUGCAAGGAGCUAACAUCAUCCACAAGAUGGAGCAAAGCUAUAAGUAUGCUUGAAAAUGAUGAACGAUUCAAUGCUGUUGAAAGAGUAAGAGACCGGGAAGAUUUAUUUGAAAGCUACAUGGUGGAACUUGAGAGAAAGGAAAAGGAAAAUGCUGCUGAGGAACACCGGCGGAAUUUAGCAGAAUAUAGGAAAUUUCUGGAGUCCUGUGAUUUUGUGAAGGUGAAUAGUCAUUGGCGAAAAAUCCAAGAUCGGCUAGAGGAUGAUGAUAGAUGCUUACUACUUGAAAAACUUGACCGCUUGGUUGUUUACCAGGACUAUAUUCGUGACUUGGAGAAGGAGGAAGAGGAACACAAAAGGAUACAGAAGGAACGAAUCCGUCGGGGUGAAAGGAAAAACCGUGACGCAUUUCGCAAGUUGCUGGAAGAGCAUAUUGCUGAUGGAGUUCUUACUGCUAAAACACAAUGGCGAAAUUAUUGCUUGAAGGUGAAAGAGUUGCCUCAAUAUCAAGCUGUUGCAUCAAAUACAUCUGGUUCUACUCCGAGAGAUUUAUUUGAGGAUGUCUUUGAAGAUCUUGAAAAGAAGUAUCAUGAAGACAAGACACUCAUAAAAGACACACUGAAGUCAGGCAAGAUCACUGUAGUGACUACAUCAGUAUUUGAGGACUUCAAGUCUGCUGUAUUAGAAGAAGCUGCUUGCGAAACAAUAUCGGAAAUCAAUUUCAAGCUUUUAUUUGAAGAGUUAGUAGAGAGAGCGAAGGAGAAGGAGGAGAAAGAAGCUAAGAAACGCCAACGCCUUGCUGACGACUUUACUAACUUGUUAUAUUCAUUCAAGGAAAUUACUAUUACUUCAAUAUGGGAGGAUUGCAAGCCACUUUUUGAGGAGACACAAGAGUACAAGUCAAUUGGGGACGAAAGCUCUAGUAGAGAAAUUUUUGAAGAAUACAUUACAUACUUAAAGGAAAAAGCUAAAGAGAAGGAACGCAAGCGUGAAGAAGAAAAGGCCAAGAAGGAAAAAGAAAGAGAAGAGAAAGAGAAACGGAAAGAGAAGGAGAAAAAAGAGAAGGACAGAGAACGUGAGAAAGAAAAAUCAAAGGAACGACAUAAGAAAGAUGAAUCAGAUAGUGAUAAUCAAGACAUUAGUGACAGCCAUGGUUAUAGAGAGGAGAGGAAAAAAGAUAAGGAAAAGGAAAGGAAGCAUCGGAGAAGGCAUCAGAGCAGUAUAGAUGACGUGGAUUCUGAAAAAGACGAGAAGGAAGAGUCAAGAAAAUCGCGUAGACAUGGAAGUGAUCGCAAGAAGUCUAGGAAGCAUGCAAACUCUCCUGAUUCAGACAACGAGAGUCGGCAUAAAAAACACAAGAGGGAGCACGGGGAUGGUUCUAGGAGAACCGGAUUGAAUGACGAUCUUGAAGAUGGGGAGCUCGGUGAUGAUGGAGAGGUUUAGUUUACUACUUAGUCCCUAACCUUUUUGCAAUGAUGAGAUAUAGAAUUUCACCUACAUCAUUUGGAGAAUAUUGACUUUCAUUGUCCAACAACUUUGUUAUUUUUCAUCUCGGGACAAUUGUGAAUUUAGGAGGAUUAUGUAAAAAUGAAAUCUUUUAGUUCUCGUUAUAGAUUUAUCGAUUCUAUGUAAACUCUGUACCAAUUUUUUUUUUGUUGAAGUUUUCUUUGUACCAAGUUUAAUGUGAACUACAUAUCUUCAAAUUUCAAUGACAUUGCAAACUUAAUAUUUGCA